UGUGAGGUGAGCACUCCAAUGCUGUGAAAACAAUGAAAUAUUCAAUAACUUAUAAUAUUAGAAAUCAAUUAGCAUCACAAGAGGCAGUGCUAUUCAAAAAAUAUAGAAUGUUUGAGUGAAUGUAACGGUUUUUCAUGAUAGGAGAGAAUACUUACAAAUCUGAAUGAUGUUGAUAACGAUGUGGGAGGAUAUAGCAGCACACACUGCUCUAUGCUGAGACCGGCACAGGAGCAUAUCCUCAACUACUGGCAGCAGAAAGCUGCCCUCACUGCCACCGCCUCCGCUGCUGCAGGUCCUCCUUCUCGACUCACCAUGGAGCCGCCAUCGCCUGGGGAGAUCGUACUGGGUGACAGCCCAGUUCAGCACUUGGCUCCACUUGCUACCUGGGCAUCACGGUGUGCAGUGCUAACAAUGCUGAGCAACAACAUCAAGCAGAAGCAGGGGAAGAGGAGGUUGGUGUUUGACAAGGCUGAGGUUAGUGGGGACAAGGACAAGGCAAUCUUCUCACAAACAAAGAAACGUGCCUUGGAGGACAACUCAUCACUUGUCCCCCUGAUGGAGGAGGAGGAGGAUGAGAUGGACUAUGUUCAGCUCAUCAAUCGACCCGUGCCCAAACCCUGGGUGCCACUUAAAGAGUUAAAGGAGGAUGUGCCAUACCCCAUCAUUAGUGCGAGGGAGGACUGCAAUAAACAUGGGUGGCAUGCUAUUUUGAAAAUUAGGAAUGUAGGAGGCAAAUCGCAGUGCGAGGUAUAUUUACCACAGCGAUUUGCUUCCUGCAUCAGUGCAGAAAAAAAAGAACAAUUUAAUAAAAGUUAUAAAAAUUUGGUAUUGCUAGUAUCGCAUAAGUCGGGGAAUUGGACCAAUAUGUAAAUUGUUAAGCAUUAAGAAUUUUUAUAUCUAUACAAUUCGUCGGCUUAUGUGUUACGAAUUGUAUAGAUGUGUGUUAAAGUAGUAUUAGUAGUAGUGA